GUUUCUAUUUUUAAUUUUGUUAUAAAUAAAUUAUGUCAUGCGCAAAAUUAUAAACACACUAGCAACAGUACCAAGAUCCUCGCUUAUUACUUUCUCUGUGUCUGACUCUCUCAGUUAAAUCUACCCUAAAACACGGAUCUAUAUAGAUUCCCCAUUUUCAUUUUUUAUUUUUUAUUUUAAUUUUUUAUGUAAUAUUCAUUCCUUACUUCACUCAAAAUCCUACUCAAUAAAAACAUUCACACUUAAAACCAAUUAUUUUCUUGUCAGAAUCUGGAAAUAUUUUUUUUUUCAUUCAUUGCAAUAUAAUUCUGAUACAUUUCCAUUUCUGGGUAUUUCAUUGUUUUGGAUUUCUUUUACUGGGUAUAAAAAUUGGACCUAUUCUGUUAUACAAGUACAUUUUAAUCUAUCAAUUAAACAAAAAUUUUGGGAAAUGAUGGAUUUUGGGAAAUGGGUUUUUCUGGGUUUGGUUUGUUUUGGAACAUUUUUGGUUUUUGUUGAAGGUUUUGAUUAUGCAAAUGUGAGUCACAUUUCAUUUUUGGAGUCCUAUGAAGUUUCUGCUGCUCCUCCUCAACCUCUUAUGGUUCCUCUUACUCUUAUCAAUGGAGCUGAUUCCAAGGGCGCUGUCUGCUUGGACGGAACAUUGCCUGCUUAUCAUUGGGAUCGUGGAUAUGGAUCAGGGGCAAACAGUUGGCUUAUUCAAUUAGAGGGUGGAGGUUGGUGUAAUAAUGUUAGAACAUGUGUCUACAGGAAAACGACUCGACGUGGGUCAUCUAAAUAUAUGGAAAAGCAAUUAGCAUUUACAGGAUUAUUAAGCAAUAAGGCAGAGGAAAAUCCAGAUUUUUUCAACUGGAAUAGAGUAAAGCUUCGAUAUUGUGAUGGUGCUUCUUUUGCUGGGGAAGGCCAAGACGAGGCCAACCAACUAUUUUUUAGAGGUCAACGCAUAUGGUCUGUUGCCAUGGAAGAAUUCAUGGGGAAAGGAAUGCGUAAUGCUGAUAAGGCUCUUCUUUCUGGAUGUUCUGCUGGGGGUCUAGCAUCCAUAUUGCACUGUGAUGAGUUUGGAGACUUGUUCUCAGGACACACCAAAGUGAAGUGCCUGAGUGAUGCAGGAUUGUUUAUGGACGCAUUGGAUGUCUCAGGUGGACACACUAUGAGGGAUUUUUACCACGGCGUGGUGACUUACCUGGGUGUUGGAAAAAAUCUGCCUUCUUCCUGUACUAACCACAUGGAUUCAACUUCGUGCUUUUUUCCUCAAAAUUUAAUCACCAACAUCAAGACACCAUUAUUCAUUCUCAAUGCAGCUUAUGAUGCAUGGCAGGUUCAAGCUAGUUUAGCCCCAAGAACAGCUGAUCCUCACCACUUAUGGGAUCAAUGCAAAAUGAAUCACGCACGUUGUUCUGCAUCACAAAUCCAAUUUUUCCAGAGAUUCAGAACUCAAAUGCUAAAUUCACUGAAGGGUUUCUCAAGGUCUAGAUCAAAUGGGCUAUUCAUCAAUUCAUGCUUUGCUCACUGCCAAUCUGAGAGGCAGGACACAUGGUUUGCGGAUGAUUCCCCAGUUCUUCGUAACAAGCCUGUGGCGAUAGCUGUCGGUGACUGGUUCUUUGAUCGAUCAGCCAUUAAAUUCAUUGAUUGUGCAUACCCUUGUGACAAUAGUUGCCACAACUUGAUAUUUCGAUAAUGAGACAGAUUUGUCUCCUCCAGUAGCUUCAUCCCCUCCAGUAGUCUCAUCCUACUUAUUGAUUCAUUACAACAUAUCUUUUCUGUUAUCGCUGCUGCACAUUGAAGUCGUCAUUGUAAUUUGACGCUGUUCAUAAUCAGCAAUAAGAUCGAGGUUUUAUUAUGGGAGCCUAAAAUUUUGGCUUCUCAAUUUGUAUUCUUAGAAUUAUUGCCUUCAUAUUUUCUACCAGUUUGUUUUAGUACUCAUUAAUUAACCAAAUUCAGGCGUUAUGUCAGAAUCUGUAGCUUGUAUCAUUAAGAAUUUGAAGCUUCAACAAUUUGUUGUGUAAUAUCCAAAUCAGCAAAGGAAAUUCAGGGCCAAAUCUUAGGCCAUUAAAUCUACAUGUUAUACAGCAGGAAUUCUCUCUUUUGCUGUUCUUGUAAAAGCUCGGUAAGAACUUUAGGGGAUCCUUUUCUAUUGAGGAUAUAUUUUGUGGGAAA